AUGUUCACAACAGUUUGCACCUUAUUUCUUUCAUGCAUUGUUCUCUUUCUCGGGCAUGGAACCCACGCUUCGUCGUACAACUACUCGACAACUACAAAAUGCUUGGUAGAACCACUAGAUCCUUUGUAUGGAGGAGGAAUUAUAGUAAAUCCAGAAUUUAAUCACAACACAGAAGGAUGGAAAGCUUUCGGAGAAGGGAGGAUAGAAGUACGAAGAACGUCAAAGCACAGAAACGGGUUCAUUGUGGCACACAAUAGAACACAUCCAUUAGACAGUUUCUCGCAGAUGGUUCAAGUCGAGGAAGGGAAAAUCUACAGCUUUUCUGCUUCUGUUCAAGUCAGUGAAGGAAGUGAGAUUGUAGCUGUUGUUUUUAAGUUUCCCAAUGGAGAUAUUGUACCUGGUGGCGAUGUAAUAGCUAAGAAAGGAUGCUGGACCCUGCUAAAAGGUGGCAUGGUAGCAAAUUUCACAACCCCAGUUGAGAUUCUAUUCGAGGCUGAAAAUACAUCAGUUGAAAUAUGGAUGGACAAUGUCUCAUUGCAACCUUUCACCAAGGAUGAAUGGAGAUCCCAUCAAGACAACAGCAUCAAUGAGGUACGUAAGAAAAGGGUGAAGUUGCAACUAACUCAAGCAAGUAAAGCUCCUCUAAAAGGAGCUAAAGUCACCAUCAAGCAAGUCAAGUCACACUUCCCAUUUGGGUGUGGAAUGAACCAUUUCAUCCUCACAAGCCCUGAUUACCAGAAUUGGUUCACGUCAAGGUUCAAAUGGACAACUUUCACCAAUGAGAUGAAGUGGUACAGCACUGAGAAAACACAAGGCCAAGAAAACUAUACCAUUGCAGAUGACAUGGUUAAAUUUGCACAACAGAAUGGAAUUUCGAUUAGAGGCCACAACGUCUUCUGGGACAAUGCCAACGCCCAGCCCAACUGGGUUAAAUCCCUUUCCCCCGAGGAAUUACGAAAAGCAGCAGCAAAGAGAAUCAACUCAGUGGUUUCUAGGUACAGAGGAAAAUUGAUUGCUUGGGAUGUAGUGAAUGAGAAUCUUCAUUUCAGAUUCUUUGAGGACAAACUUGGCAAAAAUGCUUCUGCAGAAUUCUACUUCACAGCUCAACAGCUUGAUCCUAGUACAGUUAUGUUCAUGAAUGAGUAUAACUCCAUCGAAUAUAGUAAAGACAUGAAAGCAGGUGCAGCCAACUAUAAGAAGAAACUUCAAGAGAUUUUAUCAUAUCCCGGAAAUGCAAAUCUAUCAGCAGGAAUAGGGCUGCAAGGCCACUUUGUUUCUGGUCAGCCAAACCUUGCUUACAUGAGAUCGACUAUAGACAUGUUAGGGGCAACAGGACUGCCAAUAUGGCUUACAGAAGUGGAUGUGGCAAAAGACCCUAAUCAGGCUCAAUAUUUGGAAGAGAUACUACGGGAGGGAUAUUCUCAUCCUGCGGUUAAAGGGAUCAUCAUGUUUGUAGGUCCAUUGUCAGCGGGUUUUAAUGUUACCACCCUUGCAGAUAACAACUUCAAAAAUACUCCAUCAGGAGAUGUUGUGGAUAAGCUGAUUGCUGAGUGGAGGUCUGGGACUCAAGAAAUCACAGCAAAUGAUCGAGGCUUUGUUGAUUUUUCCUUGUUUCAUGGAGAUUAUGAGAUAACUGUAGAAGACCACAUCACCAAUUCUACACUUUCUUUGAACCUUAGGGUCACACAAACUGAACCACAGGAAAUUGUUCGUAUUGAUACCCUGAAAGUCUAGCGAGCAAUAUCUUUCCUACAACAAUAAUCGAUUUUGAAUUUUUUUUUUUUUUUUUUAUCAAUUUACAAAUAAUUUACAUGCAGUACUCUUAACUCUGUCACGAUCUUCUUUCUUAUACUCUUUACGCCGCUCUUCUUCUUAUAUACUCUUUCAAAAGUUUAAGAUAUGUUCGUUCUCAGGCCGUUUGGAAGUACUUUUUAAAUGACUAAAAGCGCUUUUAGAGAAAUGUUUUUUGUUUCCAAAAGCACUUG